AUGACUCGAGGCGAAGAGUGUUCAAAGUGUGCUUUGCCUUGUGGUGUUAGAGAGCCUCCAAACUUGUCCGAUUUGGAAAUCUCGGAGGAAACUGCCUUGGAGAUUGAAAACACUUGUCGAACAUUCAUCGAAGAAGUGAUAGGAUGGAUGUUUCAUGUGACUGUUGAGGGAGACUGGUUGGUAUUAGCGAGAACAGUCGCUGGGCUGUUGUUACUUUCCUAUGUUGGAUGCUUCUUUGAUUUGCUAACACCUCUUUACAUAGGCAUUAAGACGGCCAUGACAGUUCCUCUAAUAUAUGUGAAGUAUGGGGACCAAAUAAAGAGGUGUGGGGAGAGGUUGAAGGAUCAAUUCAGAAGAUUGUACGAGAGGUUUGAUGAGAAGGUGAUAAGGAAGAUGAAGAAUAAAAUUGUCAAAGAAGAGAAUAAAGAGAAGAAAGUUGAGUAG